UCCUCUCUCCUCCGGAGCUCGGAGGCGCACAAGACGCGCCGCGGCACCGCGUUUAUGUGUUUUUUCCCCCUCUCUGCGGUUUUUGUUUCCGCGCUUCCAGAAGAAAACGUUUGGCCUAUAGUUGGCAAAAAUAAACAAAUCAAGCCAAAGUAAUUAAACAGAACCAAAAAAGAAAAAUCCUCCCCGGUUCUUGGCUCCUUUCUGACCCAGUCGCGCCUCCCCUCAUGCCGCCGCUGAGGCUCCGGAGAAGAGGCGGCUUGUGAUCGGACCGAGCGGCAUCUCCAUGAACAUGGCGCGCAUCGGGGACGCAGACCCCUUCACCGCUGCGAUACCUGCCACCAAAGUUGAGCUGACGGUGUCCUGCAGAAACCUGCUGGAUAGAGACACGUUCUCCAAGUCCGAUCCAAUUUGUGUCCUGUACACUCAAGGGAUCGCUAACAGAGAAUGGAGAGAGCAAAUUAAUUUCAAUGACUCCUUCCUGUUCAUCAAAGGACUGUGUGGAAUUCCAGGAAAGAAAUGUGGCAGCAUCAUAAUUAGAUCAGAGGAGCUGAGCAACUGCAGGGAGUCAGUGAUGCUUCAGUUUUGCGGCAACAAGUUGGAUAAGAAGGACUUCUUUGGAAAAUCGGACCCUUUCCUGGUGUUUUACCGCAGUAAUGAAGAUGGAUCGCACACCAUCUGCCACAAAACAGAGGUGGUGAAGAAUACUCUGGACCCGGUGUGGCAGGCUUUUAAAAUUCCUGUCAGGGCGCUGUGCAACGGAGACUACGACAGGAGCAUUAAGGUGGAAGUUUAUGACUGGGACAGAGACGGAGGUCAUGACUUCAUCGGAGAGUUCAGCACAAGCUACAGAGAAAUGUGCAGAAGCCAGUCACAGUUCCACGUCUAUGAGGUACUCAAUCCAAAGAAGAAAGGGAAGAAGAAGAAGAAGUACCUCAACUCAGGAACCGUGACGCUCCUCUCCUGCCUGGUGGACACUGAGCUGUCCUUCCUGGACUACAUCAGAGGCGGGACACAGAUUAAUUUCACGGUGGCAAUUGAUUUCACAGCAUCAAACGGAAACCCAUCCCAGCCCACCUCACUCCAUUACAUGAGCCCGUACCAACUGAAUGACUACGCUAUGGCGCUGCGAGCCAUCGGAGAGAUCAUCCAGGACUAUGAUAGUGACAAGAUGUUUCCUGCGCUGGGUUUCGGUGCCAAGCUCCCACCAGACGGGCGUGUCUCCCAUGAAUUUCCCCUGAAUGGUAAUCCACAGAACCCGUACUGCAAAGGCAUUGAUGGGGUAAUGGAGGCCUACUACCAGAGCCUAAAGAGUGUGCGCCUAUAUGGACCCACCCACUUCUCACCUGUCAUUAACCAUGUGGCCAGGUAUGCCUCAGCAGUGACAGACGGCUCGCAGUACUUCAUCCUUCUCAUCAUCUCGGAUGGUGUCAUCACUGACAUGGCGCAGACCAAGGAGUCCAUAGUAAAUGCUGCAUCUCUGCCCAUGUCCAUUAUAAUAGUUGGAGUUGGACCAGCAGAAUUUGAUGAAAUGAUUGAGCUAGACGGGGAUGAAGAGAGGAUCUCAUCCCAAGGACGAUAUGCGGAAAGGGACAUUGUUCAGUUUGUUCCUUUCAGAGACUACAUCGACCGGCGAGGAAACCACAUCCUCAGCAUGGCUCGCCUGGCUAAAGAAGUGCUAGCCGAAAUCCCAGACCAGUUUCUUUCCUACAUGAGGACCCGAGGGAUCAAACCGGGUCCCCAGCCUCCACCUUACACCCCCUGUCCACCUCCAGCAAUCCAUCCCCUCCAUACCAGACGGGUAAGCCGGAUCUAAAGGGCAAGGCUCCACCCUCCACAUCAGCUGGCCAUCCUAACCGGCUUCUAAUCCUCUCUUUGAGCUUCCUUUUCUCGCUUUAGUCUUCACUGGAAGCUUGUGAGCACACGGUGAACUUCACCCGCUGUCUCAUGUUGCACUUUCGGGAAUGUUUGGCUACAGUGGGUAGCCCCGACGGGGACGCUGCCACGUUUUUGUGAAGACGGGACUUUGCGCUGACGUGUUUGAAGGGUAGUGGUAACUUCAUCACCGGACUGCGUGGGGAGGAGGGAACAGUAAGGCCUCCAGGCUGAAGGAGUCCGAACUGGUGAGACUGUUUUGACAAAAACACUGUCCAUUCUUCUUUAUUCCUCUGUAUCCACUUCCUCGACCGUUCACAAAAAUCUCUUGAUACUUAAAUGUUUACAUGUGGAAAGUGGAGAGGGUUUUUUUCAGGUGAAAACAAUUUAUACCGAUCAAUGUGAAAACCUUUUCGCAGGCAGAACCUGGAGGUUGUGAAUUUGUUCGAAAACAUUUAGGCCCUGGAGCCAUUUUCUGUUUCUUUUUCUUUCUUUUUUUUUCUUUCAUUGUGUACAGUCAAUAUUCUGUUCUCUUUAAAUAAAUACAGCAUGUUUUAGUUUAGGAGAAGCAUGCACUGUUGUCCCACACUCAGGGCUUGUUCCCUCCACACCAACUUGCCGCCCGCCCGCCGCCGCUGCUACGUCGCUCCACAAAACGAACCCAUCACCGCCUGAGCUCUUCCCUACUUCUGCUCCAUCCACCUGCCUUGACUCGAAAAGGAAGCUGUGCUACCUGGGAGUCCGGUCAAAUCAAAUGCAGCAGGGACUCGAACCAGCCUUACUGUAGUGUCAGAAAACAUGCACAGGCACCCCUAUAAUCCACCGUGGCUUCUGGAAACGAGGAUCUCCAAGCCCAGCAGUCAAAAACACAACAUCUCAUUACAGAGUCUGACUGUGAGCUGCGAUCUACAGCGUCGUUAGUUUUUGUGAAACUACACCGCGCUUCAGAGGCAUUGUUGUGUGUUUUGUUAUGUCUCUCUACCUCUUACUUUAAUCUGUACAAAAAGUAUCUAUUGUUUAUUUUCUUGUAAAUAGGAAGUCUUGUAAGUGACAUCAGUUAACCUGGGUUAGGGUUAGCUUUCUUAGCAAUUAUACAAGAUGAUUGCCAAAUUGCAGGUUUAGACCUCACGUAGCACCUUGGUUGCUAUUAGAUCAGGUGACUCAAUCUUUAGUGGUAGCAACACACUCUGAAUAUGAGCACAACAAAUAACCACCUGAUGAAACUCAAACUCUAUGUCCAAAGCCAUCCAAAUAGACUAAAGGAAAGACUCUGAGAACUCGUUAUGUGUUGUUCCUUUAACUUCCAACUUGGACGUUUCACAUCAUCGAGUAGAUUUUAGUAUCGGUCAAACACAACCUGAGUAAAUAGAAAAAUCUGUUUUUCAAAUACUAAAUUCCUUUACUAAUGGAAGAAGACUCUCCCAAAUCAACCUGGCGUCAUGUGAAAAAGGUAUUUGCCCCCCAAACCAUCUGUGGCAACACAUGGCAUCAAGCAUUUUCAAUGACUGGCAAUAAGUUAGUCACGUCGCAGUGAAAGAAAUUCUGCCAACUUUUUUUUUGCUAAAUUGUUUAAGUUCAGCCAUUUUGUAGGAUUUCAGAGCAUGACUAGCCAAUUUCAGUUAAGGCCACAUCCUCUUAAUUGGAUUGAAAUCCAGACUGUGACAAGACUGUAAGAUGUUUUCGUUCAUCAAUCUUUUUUCUUUUUUUUCACUCAGAAAUGAAUUUGUGGGCCUGCUUUGGAUCAUAGUCCUAAUGUGUAAUCCAAGUCUGCUUGAAUUUAAAGUAACAAACUGAUGACUGGAUAUUUUUCUGCUGAAUAACGGAGCAUGCGUUUAGAUUAACAAUAGCAAGUUUUCUAUGCCAUGAAGCAGCAAAGUUGGACCAAACCACCACACUAACACCCCCCCCCCCCCUACAACAUAUGACC